AUGCCACUUCGUAAACCCCAUACUAAAUCACGUAAUGGUUGCUUGCCUUGCAAGAAGAGACAUAUCAAGUGCGGAGAGGAGAUACCUACAUGCCAGAACUGCAUCUUUCGACGAGUAGAUUGCGCGUAUGGAUUAAAUGCCAAAGCUAGUCGACAUGAUCUUUCUAGAGCUCCAAGUUCGGACGCUACCGGAUCCCCAACCCGCUUCCCGCAUGAGGAGCCACCAUGGCAAGCAGGGAAGCUUUGCGCACAUGAUCCAUCAUCGCAAUCAACAACUGGUGUUUCCAGACGACAAGAGCUGCAGCUGAUGGUGUACUACAUAAACAGAACGAGUCGAACCCUGGCACAUGAUGCAGCAGAACUUCUUGUCUGGACGGAAGCCAUUCCAGAAGAGGCUGUGCAGUAUGACUUUCUAAUGGAUGGGCUUUUGGCGAUGGCGUCGCUUCAUUUCGCAUUUUACAAUCCGGACUCGCGUAGGCAAUACACCGAAUUUGCGAUACGAUAUCAAAACGAGGGUUUGCAAAAGUACAACAAAACUCUUGGGGACAUCAACGAAACAAACUGUACUGCCCUUUUUGCUUUCUCCAUGCUUAUAAAUCCCGAUGACGAGACACAAGCUGCGUUGGAAAAGCUGCGUCAACAUACAGAUAGCCUUCUGCAUUCCAAUUCUAUCGAAGAAGAACGUCAUGCUGUCUAUGCCUCAGGAAUCCGGAGUCUUGGACUCGUUUUCGGGUAUAUGACGACCUCAAGUCAUCUGGGGCGCGUCAUUGGCUGGCCUGCGAUGAUCUGGCCAGCAGAACACAGGGAGGCGCUCAUGAAGUUGAUCCGACAUGGCGAUAUCAUGGCCCUAACCAUUUUUAUGCAUUACGGUGUACUUUUACUCCAUAUCCGGCAUCUUUGGUGGGGGGCGCGUACUGGAAUUAGCCUCAUCGAUGACCUGGCAAUCUUGGUACAUGCUGCAGGUCCUAAUUGGGCUGCGUUGACCGAGUGGCCAAGGGAGGUUGCUAGACAAACUGAAGAUGGUGGUCGAGGCGCUUUCCAAUUUGAUGACUUGUUGCCGGGAAGACUCGCCUAA